AUCAAACCCUUUGAAUUCAUCAUCAAUACAACACAAACAGAAUGAAUAACAGAAAAGAUCAUGAACUUGUUGGAAAAAGAACAAGGUUUAUGAUGAAUAACAUUAACAACAGCAACAGCAACAAUGGUUCUUCUCAUUCUCAUGAUGUUACUGUUCCAUCAUCACUCAUGUCUCAUCUUCAGAAUCAAUCAAUCUUUAACCCUCAGGCUCAUUCAAAUGGGUUUCCUUUUUGGAGCAGCGAUGAGAUUAUCAAUAACAAUGAUCAUCAUCAUCAUCAAUUGUCUCUUGAUCUCUCUGCAAUGACCCUUUUGGAUGAAGAUCAUCAUCAACAACAUUCUCAACCUAGCAACGUUGUUAACAACAUGUCCAGAAUCAGAGGUAAUAAUAGUAAUAACAAUCUUGUUGAACCAUUCACUAACAUGCCUUGUUUUUGGGAAUCUCAUGCAUACAACAAUAACAACGUUGUUGAUGAUGAAACAGUAACAGUAACACACCCACGUUACCAAAACAUGGGUGGUGGUGGUGGUAGUCCAAAAGCCUCAACUUUUGGGGUUUCACAAAAUCCACAAGGUUUAGUUUCUGAAAAUAUCAAGUGGGGUAUGCAAAAAGGUCACACCUUUACUGGAAUAUCUCAAAUGGGUUCUUCUAUUGAUCUUGGAAACAAUGUUCCUUAUGGUAAUGGAGUUUGUUAUGGUAGAGGUAGAGGUAGAGUUGUUCCGGUUCAGCUGCAAAACCCGUCUUUUUCUUCGCCUUAUAACCCUUAUGAACAACAUGUUGUGUAUCCUUCACCAAGAGGGUCUUCUUUUGGAAUGGAGAAUGAUUUAGGAUCAUGGGAUGUUACAACAAAUCCUAUCAUGUACACUACUACUCCAAAUGUAAACAAUGUUCCUUCAACACCACUUUAUUUUCCUUCUAAUAGGGGACUUCAACAGCUUCCUCAAUCUCUUUAUCCUACUAGACCUAUUGAGGAACCAGUGGCUUUUAAAUGUGAUAAUAGUUUUAUCUUUCAAGAGAAUGACAUGAAAAAUGAGUGCAAUAAUUCAUUGUUGGCUGGUAGUGGUGUUGGUGGUGGUGGUAGAAAGUUUUCAGUUUCACACUCACAAGAGGCGGUGAUUCCUCAAGUUUCUCAUUUGCCUAGUAGAAGUGAAAAUAGUAGUAGGAGUUUUGUAUUUGAUGAUGAUGAUGUACAACAAAAUUUGAUGAACUUUGGUUCAUGUUUGCCUGAGCUACAGAGUUAUAUGUUUCAUAUGGCAAAGGAUCAGAAUGGUGGCCGUUUUCUGCAGGGAAUGGUUGAGAAAGGAACUGUUGAAGAUAUGGAAAUGGUGUUUAAUGGAGUUAUUGAUAAUGUUGUGGAGCUUAUGAUGGACCCUUUUGGGAAUUAUCUUGUGCAAAAAUUGCUGGAGUUUUGUAGGGAUGAUCAAAGGUUGCAGAUUGUUCUUAUGUUGACUAAAGUUCCUGGUCAGCUAGUCAGAACCUCAUUCAACACACAUGGCACAAGAAGUGUUCAGAAGCUGAUUUCUACCCUCAAAUCAAGGAGGCAAAUUGCAUUGGUGAGGUCUGCAAUUCUACCUGGUUUUCUUGAUCUUGUUAAGGAUCUGAAUGGAAAUCAUGUCAUACAACGUUGCUUGUCAUGCUGGAGUGUUCAAGAUAAUGAGUUUAUUUUUGAUGCUGCCACAAAGUUCUUGACUGAUGUUGCUACUCAUCAACAUGGCUGCUGUGUACUUCAACGCUGCAUUGAUUUCUCAAAGGGAAAGAGUCUAGAAAAGCUGGUCAAAGAAAUUUGCAAACAUGGCUUUUCCCUAGCUCAAGAUCCAUAUGGAAAUUAUGUUAUUCAGUACAUUAUAGAGUUGCAGAUUCCAAGUGCUAUGGCCAAACUUACUCCACAGUUCAAAGGGAACUAUGUAAUCCUCUCUACACAAAAAUUUAGCAGCCAUGUGGUCGAAAAGUGCCUCAUAUAUAUUGUAGAGACUAGAGCAAGGAUUGUCCAAGAAUUGCUUUCUGUUCCUCACUUUGAGCGUCUUCUGCAAGACCCUUAUGCCAACUAUGUUGUUCAGAAAGCACUCGAAUAUACCAAGGGCUCUCUUCAUGCAUCUUUGGUUGAAGCAGUUAGAGCUCACAAAAUCUUGCGUACAAGCCCAUAUUGCAAGAGGAUUUUCUCAAAAACCCUGCCUAAAAAGUAAUGCCUAAUAAGUACUCACAAGACACUAUUUGUUGUUGUUCCUUAUCACCAUUCUCCUAAUUACCUCCAAUUUGUUUUCUAUGUGUAUCUUAGCUACUAAGUCUAGCAUUAAAAAAAACCUAUAAGCCUACUACUACUAGUAUAUGUUGUUGUGUAAUGUGUGUUCAGAAUCUGAGCUUCAUCUGAUGGAAACAAGUUUGCAACUUUUUGCUUUGAAAACAAGUUUGCAACUUGCCUCUCAUUUUCCUGGUGGAGCCAGAAUCUGAAAGUAUAAGAAGACUAUGUUUAGUUUUCUUAGUGCUUAUUAUGUUGUUGGUGCAUUUUGUAUUAUUCAGUUACCUUAUGGAUGUGUUGUGUGUGAUACAUCCAUUAUGGUAUUGUUAUGAAACUUUGUAGAUUGUGUACAUUUUCUUGGAUGUUCUCUUUGAAGAAACAUUUUGUUCCAAGAUUGGGAUAAUGUACUUUUUGAACUCUGGAUAAUAAAAUUAGGAGAUUUUAUGA